AUGGCCACUGUCUUGGGAGCAGAGGCCACCGAGCAGCUCUCCGCAAUUCGCCGUGUCGCGAGCGCACUGAGGAAUGCGUCGCUUUCCUCAUGUGCGUCUUUCCACGCCGAUGAAGGUGUGCUUACGGUCUCUGAAAAUCCUGGAGAAAGCACAGCCGCUGUCUUGCGAGAUGUCGGGCACACACUUGCCACCGCUGCAGAUGCGUUUGUCAGCGCUGUUGAGCUUCAGUUGGCUGAGUUCUUCAACCAUAUGCGAGACACGGAGUCAACAUCCGCCGUGGAGCUCCUCAAAAAACGCACGCUCGUGCCAGCAGGUUUCACAGUGGUGACCCAGACGGAAAAGACGGCGGAUUUCACGACCCCCACGUCACGGCACAACACGAUCGCUGGACGCUGCGCCAGCAAGGUGCCACAAAACGCACCUUUAGCGCUGCGCCGUUACGAUCGGCAGGCGGCGGCCACCGCGCUGCAAACAUGUCUGUUCGUGAUGAUUGAGUCAGUGCUCACACGUGUCAAUGCCACCCGCGCGGCGGUGUACAUUAACGACACUGCUGAGGACCCUCACGUGCUGUGCCGCGUAGCGCAUAUCCACGGAGAGGAGAAGCUUCCCCCCGAAGUCAGCUACGCCAACACCAGUACGCUCGUCACGGUUGUGCGGGAUGGACUGGCAGUUAACUUCGACACCACCCAUGCAUCUCGACAAUCACAUACCGACAGGGCAGAAACACCUAGGCGACCUUUUGAGGGACAUGCGCGGUACCCUCUGCAUGUGCGUAGCGGUGUGGUAGUGCCUAUAAGCAAUUAUGGCUGUAUUCUGGUAGCUGACAAGCCUCUUGAGGCGCCACAGUUCUUCACACCCUUCGAUGAACACCAGGUGUGGGCCAUCGCGACGCUGUGCGAAGGCCUGUUUGCACGCUACCCACAGGAUCUUUUUCUUGAGAUGCAGUGGAACCCGGCGCAGGGGGUACUGCGCCAGUGCUCGCUCCUGCCGCACAUAAAAGUGACGCAACAAUACACCGCGUUUUCGGCGCCGUGCCCCGAAGACGACUCAGAGCCUACUCUUGACGCCCUCAAAUCUGUGCCGAGAAAGCUGACAAUCAUGCGGGCAACUGGAGAUAAAAUAAGUGUUAUUACUGACGCAAGUCGAAUGCCACACAAACACUUGACAUACGAUGGCCUCUUUCAGGAGGCUGGUGGAUACAUUAAGAACAUUGAGUUGCUAUGGCAGAAAUCGCUAAGUGAAAUAAACACGCUUCAGCUUACGAUCACUGAGCAAGCCCGCGAACUCAACGCGAAAAAGUCGCGCAUUGCCGCCCUCGAGUCAGAGAUGCGUCGCCUUCAUACACGCCCUUCCACCACUGUGAGCAGAUGA